AUGACUGAGGACAAGAUUGAACUACAACUAGAACCGGGCUCUGAAAAUGCCGGGAGUUAUGAAAUGGGCGAUGCUGAGGAAGUUAAUGAGCUGCGCCGUGAUUUGCGACCCAGUCAUGUUUUCAUGUUCUCAAUCGCAUGCUCCAUCGGAACAGGUCUUGUCAUCGGGUCCGGGCAGGCCUUAGCCAGGGGCGGCCCUGGCGGCGCUCUGCUCGGAUAUAUUACCAUCGGCUCGGUGGUCUUUUCGGUCAUGACGGCCCUUGGUGAAAUGGCAGCUUUUCUCCCCAUGAACAAAGGAUUUGGUGGAUAUGCCACUCGCAUGGUUGAUCCGGCCUUGGGUUUUGCUACCGGCUGGAACUACUUUUUCAAAUAUAUCAUCGCAGCUCCCACGAAUCUCACCGCUGCUGGGCUUGUCAUUGAGUACUGGAGACCCGACUUGAACGUGGCGAUCUGGAUUUCAGUGUUUGGUGUUAUUGUAGUCACUGUCAAUCUCUUCAACGUUCGGGUUUUCGGAGAGAUUGAGUUCUGGGCUGGAGGGAUCAAGGUCUGUAUCAUGAUAAUUCUUAUUCUGACCUGCUUUAUUAUUGCUGUUGGCGGAGGACCGAAUCACAAUACAUCCGGAUUUGGGUAUUGGAACAGUCCUGGUGCAUUUGCAGAAUAUCUUCUGACCGGCCCAAAAGGUCGACUUCUGGGUUGGUGGGCGUGUAUGCGUCAAGCAUGCUUUGCAUUCACUGGGACUGAGGUUGUCGGUAUAACAUUUGGAGAGAUGCCGGAUCCUCGGAAAAAUGUCCCUCGUGCUGUCAAGCAGACCUUUUGGAGAAUCUUUUCCUUCUAUAUUCUUGGGAUCCUCGUGCUUGGAAUGGCUCUUCCUUACGACAGCAGUGAUCUCCUCAGUGCAACCACAAGUUCAACCAAUGCUGCAGAUGCAAGUCCGUUCGUUGUUGCUAUCCGAAAUGCUGGUAUCAAAGUUUUGCCUGAUUUUACCAACGCGUCUCUUUUGGUUUUCACAUUGAGCGCAGCAAGUUCAGACAAAGAUAUCUACUGCGCAUCUCGAUCACUCUACGGACUUGCCCGCGACCGACAAGCCCCCGCUAUAUUUUCAAAAACAGUCGGAAAGGGAAUUCCGAUAUUUGCAACCUCCAUCUCAGCUGCCUUCAUUGCACUUGGCUUCAUGAAUGCAAGCAAGUCAUCCUCGUCGGUUUUCGACGACCUCGUAUCUUUAGUCACGGUUUUUGCAGCCUUGAACUGGCUGGCCAUCUUGGUAUCCCAUGUGGGCUUUCGCCGAGGACUUGCUCGACAAAAUAUCGCAGUGUCCGAGCUUCCAUAUGUCGGGUUUUUGCAGCCAUAUGCGAGCUACUAUGCUCUCGCUGUUACGAUGACUGUCCUUUUCUUUAAUGGUUAUAACGCAUUCAUCCCUCACUUCAAGAUAGAAAUUUUCAUUCUGAGCUACCUUGGGAUACUUCUGUUUAUUCUUAAUAUCUUCGGGUGGAAAUUCUGGAAAAAGACAAAGCGCGUGCGCGGAUCAACAAUGGACCUGACUACAGGUCGUAGAGAUAAUUAG